UUUGCAUCGACUUGGUUUCUGACACAUUUUGAAAAUCAAACCAUAUAAUUGGUUCAGAAUCAGUUAAUAAUUGUUAAAAUAUGUACAAUUUUUUAUUAAAAAAUUACAAUUGUUAUUAAGAUUGUUUGUUUUGAACUGCAGAAAAUUUCUGACAAGAGUGGCAAAUGCUUUUUUGUUUUUGUGACAGGAACUAGCACCCUUAGCAACCGUUUUGUUGACACAACACAGAAUACAUCAACAAUACGAGGUACUGGUAAAAAGGCGAUCAUCGUCCUGGUACUGACCAAAAAAGCACAGAUGGAGCGGUUCGCAGAGAUGUAAAUGUCUGUAAAAUGCCAUUAGCCUCUAAUAAAGAAAGUAAGCAGAACGAGAAAAACAGUAUUUUAGAUUUUAGCGUUUUAGGGAAGCAGAUCACUUUGAAGUCUAGGCCAAGUCCACCUUGUUCGCGGUCCUCUUCGAGAAUUGACACUGCAUUAAGACCGAUGUCUGCUACACCGACUCUUUUCCAUCAGCAGGAGAAGCACAGAAAAACACCACCGUGGACAAGGCCACAAUCUGCAGAUCAUUUGUCCCGGGGCACUCACAGAAGUAAAUUGGCAGCCAAAUUUGAAAGGACUGAUAGAAAACUUCACAAAAACCCUAGGAAAAAUGGUGGUUCAAUGGGUAAUCUUCUGGCGAGUAGUUCGUUUGAAGAUAAUUUAGAUUCGGAAACAUCAGUGACUCCGAGUCCUGUUCCUAGUCUCACUGAAGUGCUUAGAUCUGGCAAGCUCGAGCCAGGGCUUGUGGCGAAGCCACCAAUACCUCCAGUCGGAGGAAAUCCGAAAAAGCCUCAUAAGUCAAUGGAUGAUAUUAUAAAUAUAAAAUUUCAGAGGUGGUUUCCAGAGUCUGUGAUUCAAAAAUCUCCCUAUGCAAAUUGCAACGGUUUGAAUUAUACUGAAUUAAACAGCCCUACAAAGGUAAAAGAAAACUUGGAUAACGAAAUAUUUCCGACAGAAGAGAACCUACAACAACCGAGACACGCUCCCUCACAUUCAACUGAGAAUCUUACAAGGUUGCCCCAAAAUAAUCCAAAUGAAGAAACGAAAAUUCUAGAAUUUGAUAAUUUUAAGUUUGACGCUUACGAAGGGCCGAGAAUAGAUAUGCCUUCUAAAAAAAUUUCAAGAAGUCAAACGAUGGAGACGAUUGUUGAAAGCGAUGAUGUGCCAGUUUCACCCGAACACUCUUCGAGGAAAUCAGUAACGAACAAAUGCAACGGGACAUCAGAGAUUCUCAUGUCAAAAGUGGGUCAGACAUUGAACAAAUACUACAACACAGAAGACUGUCAAAACAACGCUGCUAGGGUAGACUUCUCUGUCAAUAACGGAAAUGAAAACUAUGAGAAAGAAAUGAUAUCGAUGAUUGAAAAUUGCAAAAUGCCAUCUAAAGUGAUCGCCCAUUUAAUGACAGAAAACCGAAGCAUCGGACCUGAACACGCCGUCGGCCUUGAGAAAGUUCUCGAAGAUGAGAAUGCAGCUUGCGUUUUGAACUAUUUGGGUGAUACUAGCGAAGUGGGCUUGAACAAAUGCAAUGAUCAACAUUUGAACAAUCAUGAACUGCCUAAAAAUGGAGAAAACGGGUUGAACACCGAAGACAUUUUAACAUGGAUGGGAAAAAACCAAGGUGUCAACAAUGCAGUCGGAUCAACGUACAAUGAUAUUUUGAAUAUGCUGAAAGUAUUAGAAAAAGAAGAAGUUGAAUCUAUAAAACUUGAUGCAGUUUCUUCCAGUCGGAGUGGAAACAACUCUGCUUGCAGCAUGGCACCUGCUGUCGGCGCAAAAGAUAUUUUGACAUUCCUCGAUGAACUUGACAGAAGUGAUUCUAGAAAUGAGUUUCACCAUACUGCACCACCGGUUCAAGAGGCUAAAAAUGAUUCACCUCCCUAUGAACCGCCCAAACCAGCGAUCCCGAUCGGAACAGGAAGGAUGGCGCAAUUGAUGGCUCUCGAUUCUGCUGAACUGGCAAAAAGAGUGAUGGCUAUGACCCUAGAGCUUGAAGAAAGGGAGUCAAUUUUGCACAGCACGACUGAGAGACUGAAAGAAAUAGAGGAAAAACAGGCUAAAAACAAACUGGACUCUGAUGCAACUGUGAAGAGACACCAGAAGUUCAUAGAUCAGCUUCUUACAGAGAAAAGACUUUUAGCUGAUCAAUGCGCCAGUUUGGUAAAAGAGAUGGAAGGCAAGCAUUCAAAAGCCCUUCAAGCCAUUGAUGAAAGGCACAACAUAGAGCUAAAAAAGCUACAAGAAAAAAUGCUCGCUGCAGAAAAAAUUAGAAGGGAGAAGUGGCUCGAGGAGAAAACAAAAAAAAUCAAAGAACAGACGGUGAAAGGCUUGGAGCCAGAACUGGAACGGAUGACUAGGACCCAUCAAGAAGAACUAGCUGAAAUUAGAAGAGCCCAUGAAAAAGAACUCGCUGAAAUGGAAGCGAGCUGCUCACGUAGAGUGAACGCAGCGAGAGAACAGUCUCUUCGAGACAGAGAGCAGGCCGUGACUGAAGAAAGGGAAGCUGCUAGGAAAAAGCUGGAACAUGAACUAAGUGAAGUUGAAAGAAGUUAUCAAGACCAAAGGCGAAGGCUCAUGGCAGAAGUAAGAGAUGAAAAAGAAAGAGUCGGCAGGGAAUCCGAAGCGAGCCUCUUGGCAAAAUCCAAGCAGCUUGAAGAAAAAUGGCAACAAGCUAAGCAAGAAUUGGACGAGAAGUUAGCAAUACAACAGGAAAAGCAUGAAGCUGAGCUGAAAAGUAUGAGAGAUAUGAUUGAAGCAGAGAGGCAAUCUUGGCUGAACCACCAGACGAGCACGCUUGCUGAAAAAGAACAGCAGAUAAGGGAACAGUGCAAGAAAGAACGAGACAGACAUAUCGACGCAGUCAUACGAAAGUUGGAUCAAGAGGCCCAAGAAAAAGAAAAAAUAGUCGAAUCAAAACUUAUGAAAGUUAAGGAACAGUACGAAGCGGAUCUAAAAGAUGCAGAGGCGAUCCAAGCCGAUUUGCGAAAGAAGCUUAAAGAGACUAGAAACGAAAAUCAACAAAAUGAAGAAAUGUUUGGAAAACUUAAAAGCCAAAUAAACCAUUUGGAAUUUCAGCUAACAACAGCGAGGCAGAAACUGGAAAUGGUAGAGAGGGAAGCGAGUGAAAAGAGUGCAAUAGCAAGGAGUGAGGUCUCUUCACAAAUCACAGCCCUUCAAAAAGAGCUCGCCGACGAGAGGUUUCGAAAAGAGGAAAUGCUAGCGUCUUUGCAAGCCGAGAAAGAAAAGGAGCUUCAGCAAGUUUACAAGAGAGUCAAAGAGGCGAUAUCGAAAAAAGAAGAGACAAUUCGGUUGGUACAGAAACAGCGGGAUGCGGCUCUUGAGCAGUGCAACCAACUAGAAAAUAUCCUAGAUCAACAGAGAAAGGACUUUGUACAAAGGAAACACCAUUAAUGUUCAUAAUGUUAAUUUUUGUACAUUUUAAUAAUUUA